AUGUCUGGGUCUCCAGCCGGUCUUGCUAGAAUUGAUCACCUUUUCGGCGUUGAUCUAUACACGUCAACGUUCACAGCCUCGCCCAUGGUUUUUGGGGCUAUGCCAUCCCUGCACGCUGGAUCGGCUACUAUUGAGGCUUUGUUUUUGAGCCACGUUUUUCCCCGUGGAAAAUGGAUCUUUUACGGCUACACCUUGUGGAUCUGGUGGGCCACUCUUUAUCUCCAGCACCACUAUGCCGUUGACUUGAUUGCUGGAAGUUUCUUGGCCGCUGCAACCUUUUAUGUCGCAAAGACCAAGUUCUUGGCAAGGCUUCAGCCUGACAAGGAGUUCCGCUGGGAUUACGAUUUUCUCGAAAUUGGAAACAGUUAUUCCCAUAACUACUCUUAUGCCUUGAACGACUUUGAUGGCGACUACCAUUCCGAGGAUGACGAGUGGACUAUGGGAUCUUCAUCAUCCAUUUCUUCAGGCUCUCGUAGCCCAAUUGAAGAUACCCAGUCUGUAUGGGAGUCUGGGAGUGAGACACUGGCUGGACAAUCCGACACUGAAACAAUGGAUGUAUAA